CGCGCCGCUCCCGGCGUCCCCCGCGGCAGGGUGAGGGGUCGGAGGGCCUGCGUCGAUGGCGGCGGCCGCCUGAGCCCGGCCUGCGGCAGCUCCGCUCCGCGCUCACCAUGCACAGCCUGGCCACGGCCGCGCCUGUGCCAACAGCACUGGCUCAGGUCGACCGUGAAAAGAUCUACCAGUGGAUCAAUGAGCUGUCCAGCCCUGAAACCCGGGAGAAUGCGCUGCUGGAGCUGAGCAAGAAGCGCGAGUCUGUGCCUGACCUUGCCCCCAUGCUAUGGCACUCGUUUGGCACCAUCGCUGCGCUCCUUCAGGAAAUUGUAAAUAUUUACCCAUCAAUCAACCCUCCAACACUGACAGCUCACCAGUCCAACAGAGUCUGCAAUGCUUUAGCUCUACUACAGUGUGUUGCAUCACAUCCUGAAACAAGGUCAGCUUUUCUGGCAGCUCACAUCCCACUCUUCCUGUACCCUUUCUUGCACACUGUUAGCAAGACACGUCCGUUUGAGUAUCUGCGGCUCACGAGCCUCGGAGUGAUUGGAGCCUUGGUGAAAACUGAUGAGCAAGAAGUGAUAAAUUUCUUACUGACAACAGAAAUUAUCCCUUUGUGCUUACGCAUUAUGGAGUCUGGCAGUGAACUCUCCAAAACGGUUGCCACGUUUAUUCUGCAGAAAAUCCUGCUGGAUGACACGGGGCUGGCAUACAUCUGCCAGACUUACGAGCGCUUUUCCCAUGUUGCCAUGAUACUGGGUAAAAUGGUCCUGCAGCUCUCCAAGGAGCCGUCGGCACGACUGCUGAAACAUGUCGUCCGCUGCUACCUUCGCCUCUCCGACAAUCCCAGGGCACGUGAAGCUCUCAGGCAGUGCCUUCCUGACCAGCUGAAGGACACCACCUUUGCCCAAGUCCUGAAGGAUGACACCACCACAAAGCGCUGGCUGGCUCAGCUCGUCAAGAACCUGCAAGAGGGUCAAGUCACUGACCCACGGGGCAUCCCCCUUCCUCCACAAUGACUGCUAGGGGAAGUGGGGGACCGGGGAAGAAACAGCUCAGGUUUGCAAAGAACUAGGAACAGAUGACCUCUUCUGCAACAAACUGGGCACACCAGCUGGCUGCCAGCCUGUCGGACCACCCCACCCAGCCAAAGGGCUGCUCUGUAGCAAUGCAGCAGGCCUCCGGGGAUCACAACACCAGCAAGUGCUGAUACCACAGCUUAAAGAGGGGCAAGAAAAGAAGAUCAAUGCACCCGAACUGUACCCUGUCACCUCAGGAGGCAUGGCUGGCAUCUUCCCCACUGCCAGGGAGGGAGAGCGUGGGCGUCCGCUCUUCCAGGUGGUUGAGCCUCUGCCCGGGCGGUGUGUGACAUGGGGCGUGCACGCCACGUCCCUCCAGUUUCCUGUCACUUCUUGUUUACAUGUCUGUAGAUGAGUGAGCUGAAUAAAAGCCAACCCAGUUUUAUCCCCUCAA